UCACCUACCUACUGAAUAUCACAUCCCGGUUUGUUUGAUACUAAUAUAUAAAAGCACUAUGGAAAAAGAGAUAUUAAAAUUGCCAUCUGUUGACAUAUCUAAAGCUAAAACACAUAGGUCAGAAGUUGCUAAAACUGUUGUCGAUGGUUUGGAAAACACUGGAUUUUUGUUUAUAGAAAAUGUGCAGGGGUUGAACUAUGAUCAACUUUAUGAAUGCUGUCAAUGGUUCUUUGGGUUACCAAUGGAGACAAAGAAAACACUGCUUAGAAAUAUAUGGAACUCCGAAAGUAACAAUGUUUACCGCGGGUAUUUUCCAGUAAGUGAUAAUGAACCAAGUCGAAAAGAAGGAUUUGAAUUCGGACGAGAUGUUGAUCCAAAUGACCAAACAAUUGCCCCAGGAAAUUGGUUUUAUGAAAAGUCUGUCUGGCCAGGUGAGGACGGAACUUUUCCUUUUAAAAAGUUUUUGCUUGAGACAUACGAAUAUAUGCACGAAACUGCUCUGGAGAUUCUGAGACUUGCAGCAUUAGGUUUAGGUAUAGAUGAGUAUGCCUUCGAGCCUAUAUUUUCUUCCAGGCCUAUGUCAACUUUUAGGUUGAUCCAUUAUCCACCUUGGGAUAAAAACCCACCAAAAAAUGCUGCCAUUGAAGACGGUAAGGUAGUGACUACCCCAGACCACACGGACUCUAACUUUCUAACUUUAUUGACUACUUUUAAUUAUAAAGGACUGGAGAUUUUGGCACCAGAUGGUAGAUGGGUAGAACUUGAACCAAGGCCAAAUACGCUGGUAAUGAAUAUUGGAGAUGUAUUUUCAAGAAUGAUGGGUGGUCGUUUUAAGGCUACUCGACAUCGCGUUAUAGACAUUGGAAUUGAUCGAUAUUCCGUGCCAUUUUUCCUCGAACCAUCCUUCGAUGGUGACAUUGGAAUCAACUUUAUGUCAAAGUACGGUUCGGAGGGACCCGGCCAUGUUGUGGAAAAAUAUGGACCUUGGGUCAUGAAUACUAUGAAACAUGUUAAGAAAUACUUUGAAUAUAGGCACCUACCAGAAUUUUGAAUUCUGAAUAAUUAAGUGCAACAUGAUUAACCUAACUUUACUAGGUAGUCUCGAUAAUAUAUACUAGAACACAUCCGCGACAUCGCGGGUCCGUGACUGAAUUAAAGUAUUGAAGAAUCAUGUAUAA